AUACUCUGCACAGGAAGAGGAAGUUCUCACUCACAUCAUCUCUAUGUGUCUCACAGUGUGACGCUCAGACAGCAGGAAGACAUCAUGGAGGUCACAGCGCUCUGCAGCACACUGUUGACGUGUGUGAUCAUUCUGUUGGGUGUUCAUGUUCAGAAGAGCUCUACGCAGAACGAUGACGCAGCUUUGCACAUUGUCACAGAGAGACUGCAGCUCUUUGAAUACACACCCUUCUCUUUUCUCUGCGAGGGUCCUGGCUCUGCUCUGAGAGGGUUCAGGAAUAAAAAGGAGUUCAUUCAGGGUUGUUAUAAUAUUAAUUCAACAACACUGAAGUGCACCAUUCCAGAUGCUUAUGCAUUAGACAGCGGGGUUUACUGGUGUGAGGAUGAGAAAGGAGAGAAGAGCAACUCUGUCCACAUCAUCAUCACCGCUGGUUCUGUGAUCCUGGAGAGUCCUGUGCUUCCGGUGAUGGAGGGAGAGUCUGUGACUCUGAGCUGCAGGAUCAAGACGACCACUUCCUCCAUCCUCUCAGCUGGUUUCUAUAAAGAUGGCCGCCUCAUCAACAGCAGCUCUACAGAGAACAUCACCACACAGGUUUCUAAAUCUGAUGAAGGACUCUACAAGUGCAGCAUCUCUGGUGCUGGAGAAUCACCAGAGAGCAGGCUGGCUGUCAGAGCUGUUCACAGAGAGACGUGUCCCUCCUCGGAUCACUCCCUGUACGUCCUCCUCGUCUUAAGGACUGUGUUCACCGUAGUGAUGGUGGCUCUGCUGCUGCUGCUGGUGGGACUGCUGCACUGUGGGAAACUCAGGGUUACACAGAAAUAACUCAUGAGAAAGAUCAGAGUCUGGUCAUCAAGAUAAUGACCACCACGAGCUUUAAUGCUUUAGCUCAGGUUGUGUGUAAGGUGUGUAACCUCUCUGUGUUCCAUGAUCGUACGUGCAGCGGCUGUUAGACUUUCUCACACAGAGACAAAGUGAAACCACAGAGGUACUGACUGACGCAUUUAUUUUAGAAGGCGAGCUGAGGGUACGAUGUUCUGAGCUUUAUUUUAGACUCUACAGAUACUUUACGCUCUCAGACACAACCCACAGAAAGGGCUUUUAUAUAGAUGUAUGUGAAUAUGAGGUGACUUUAGGACCAGCUUAACCUUAAUGGUUUCAUAGAGUAACUUGAGUCUAUAGUGAUCUACGUAUGUUUGCAGUUGUUGUGAGUGAUGAUCAUGAUAAUACCCGCUAGCAUGUUAGCACUGCUACGAUAAGCAUGUUGGUACGCUAACUUCAUCAGGCUAGCAUGAAUAUGCUAUUUAGGAAACGAACAAAAUCGACUCGUUUUGUUUGUUUAUCUAAACAGAAAAAUGAGCUUUGAUCAACAAUUCAUUUUUCCUGCACAAUUGAUUUAGCAUCAUCAUAUCAUGUUUAAAUAUGACUCUGAUAUAUUUGAAGAGUAUCUCAUGUGAUUUAUACUGUCUACAGCACAAAAUCUAGAAGUUGAUAUUUCCCAAAGCAAAUAUCCUCUGUAUCGUCAGCAU